AUGGGGAAUUGUAUAAAGCCACAAUCUCAAGCUAUAUGGGGAGGGGAAGAUUGGACGCCGGCAAUGAUGACCGAAGACGAAAAAUCGGCCAUGAAAAAGGAAGAGGAAGAGUUAGCAAUUACAUAUGAUAGCAAAGAAACAAAGAGUUCAACGACGUCGAAAAUAAAAGAGGUGAAGGUGAAGGUAACAAAGAGACAAUUAGAGAAAUGGUUAGGGAAAAUGAAUGUAGAACAAAAGGGGUUGUGCGUUGAACAAGCUUUAGCUCAAUUGAUCAAAGUUAGUGUUCACUGUAAGACAUAUCAUAGAUCUUGGAGGCCUAUGUUGCAGACCAUAUAUGAAGUUUAG